AUGUCUGAGCCCGAGCUUGACGAAGCCGCAAGCCGAAACGCCGGCGGGAGAAACAAGGUCUCGUCAAUAGGAUACUAUGAUCUUGAGAAAAGCGUGGGAGAAGGCAACUUUGCCAAAGUCAAGUUGGCCACACACACCCUCACGGGCGAAAAGGUUGCCGUUAAGAUCAUCGACAAAGGCAAGCUCGACAAGAUUACGGCCAAAAAGCUGUUCCGAGAAGUUCGCAUCAUGAAGCUUCUGAACCACCCGCACAUCGUACGGCUGUAUGAGGUCAUCGACACCCCAAAAGAACUCUACUUGAUCAUGGAAUACGCGGCCGGCGGCGAAAUCUUUGACUAUCUCGUUGCCCACGGGAGGAUGAAGGAGAAGGAGGCACGGCGUCACUUCCGCCAGAUCAUUUCUGCAAUUGAAUACUGCCACAAUCUGCAUGUCAUCCACCGCGACCUCAAGGCCGAGAACCUCCUGUUGGACGAAAACAUGAAUGUCAAGAUCGCCGACUUUGGCUUCUCGAACCAGUUCUCCCCUGGUCAGCGAUUGAAUACCUGGUGCGGCUCGCCGCCAUAUGCUGCUCCGGAACUCUUUCAGGGAAAGGAAUACUCUGGCCCGGAGGUCGAUAUCUGGUCGCUUGGAGUUGUCUUGUAUGUGCUUGUCUGCGGAUCUCUUCCAUUCGACGGCUCGACCCUGGCCAAGCUCCGAGCCAGAGUGCUCGCCGGCAAGUACAAAGUGCCGUUCUACAUGUCGACAGACUGCGAGCGGCUGAUCAAGAGAAUGCUGGUCUUGGAGCCAGCCAAGCGCAUCACCCUCGAGGAAAUCAUGACCGACAAGUGGUUCACGGAAGGGUACGAGAGCGAACCACUGAACUCGGCUAUAACCACAUCGCCAAUCAAUGUCACGGCCGACCAGCACGAGAGAAUCCUGAAGGAGAUGGAGGACAUUGGCCUCAAUACCGAGGAAGUCAAAAAGAGUCUCAACGAGGGCAUAUACGACCAUCUGACGGCCACGUACUACUUGCUCUGCGACAAGAACUUCCGCCGAAAGGCCAUUGCCGCCCGCGAAGGAGACCGCCUCAUCAACGGCGUUUUGUCCGACGGGGCUGCAGCUCAGGGCCGUCCUGGACAAGUACUCUUGAGCUUGCCACAGCAGCAACCCGCCAAACACACCGCCAAGGGAGUCGAGCCCCCGAGUAUGAAUGCCAUCAGCGAGGAGCAGAGCGGCGAGUCCACACGAGUCUCCCGCGUGGCCGGUCCCGGAGAGCGACCCAGGCUGACGCCGAUCGAGCGAACUGCCACCGACGACGGCCGUGCCGGUCGAUCCCAAAGUGAGACAGAAGGAUCCGGGUAUGAAUCCAAGAAGAAGGACGAUCUGCCGUCAACCCCAAAGACACCGGUGACUGCCAGGGUGGCCGUCCCUGUGGGCGCCCCGACCAGCGCCAGUCGACGAAGGGCCGCCACGGUGUCGAACCCGGUGGGGGCAAUGAGCCUCAAGAAGGAGAUCAAUGCCUUGGUGGCGACUACUCCGGCGACUGGUGCAGCCCCAGCAACCGGUACAGCCCCGGCUGCGGCCGUUCCUGGAGUCCCAUCGGUUACCGUGCCUGCAGCCACAACGACCUUGAUGCCGUCACCCCUGUCGCCUGUGCUCCUGCCUCAGCGCAGCAUCUCAGUUACUCCUGAGCCUCCUUCUCCGCAUGCGACUCUGUCGACGGUCGCAACUCCUGCAGGCGAGGAGGAAUCGAGCGUCCCUGUGCGGCUCCGGCCGCGCCCUGCUCGAACAGAGAGACCACUCUCGUUUGCAGGAGUUCCCACGGCGCAGAUUCGGCUGCCCGACCGACCCGAGGAAAUGCACAGCUCCAUUGCGCCUCCCAGCAACUUGAUCACUGUCGCGGCGUCAGCCCAGAUCGCCAGCCCUAUGCCUCUGCUGAUGAGCCCGAGCGUGGACCUCGGCGCCUCAUCCAAGACUGCAACCACCAUCGCCAGCCACGAUGCCCUGCGCGACAGCGUCAUGAAUAGCCAAGAGCAGUCGCCAGCGGCGUCGAACGACUCCCAGAUCUCGCUCACAGAGAGAAUCAAGAGCAAGUUCCGCAAGGAGCGCGGCGAGAAAGGAGACCCCCGCGCUCUACGCUUCACCUUCUCGGUUUCAACGACAUCCUCCAAGAGCGCCGACGCCAUCAUGGCCGAGAUCGAGCGAGUCCUGACCGAGUGCUCCGUAACCCAUGAGGUGGCGGGCUAUGCUGCCAGCUGCAAAUUCCAGGACAUUGAGUUUGAAAUCGAAGUUUGCAAGCUGCCGCGCCUGUCGCUGAACGGCCUACGUUUCAAGCGCAUGUCGGGCGACUCGUGGGCCUACAAGAACCUGCUCACCGAGCUCAUCGGCAAGAUGGCUCUGUAAGAGCCACUGCCAGGAAACCCGCGGGCUUCUGCCGCACCUGAGCCGGUCGAAAUAGGCACCGGCCAGGCGGGCCCCACUCUCGUUGAUGGGGAAGAAUAUGACUUGCGCUCGGCGGCGUUAGGUAUUCGGCUCCGUUUCUUUGUUCUGCCAGCCAUCCAAGACUGAGCAGGGCUUGUCGAUAAACAGGUGUAUUCGCUGCUUUCCACUCAUCAAGACACCCCAGUAAACUUUGACUCAACCACUCG